AUGCCUAGUGCAGGCUCCGGUCCCCAGAACGGUGUCGCGGAUCCGAUUCUAGCCAGCUCAUAUAAUCAGAGCGAGGUUGACUACAUAGCCAACCUUGUGAAGAAUGCAGAAAAGAAUGGGCACACUUAUCAAGUGCAUGAGAACACCUACGAAUAUAAGCCGACGAAUAUAUCUAACAUUGAAGAUUUUGGUACUUUCGACUUCAUCGUAGUAGGCGGUGGAUCUGGAGGUUCGGUAAUAGCCAGCAGAUUAACGGAAAUCAGAAACUGGACAGUGCUCUUGAUAGAAGCAGGCGGCUUUGGAAAUGAUGAGACAGACAUUCCUUUCCUCUCUACAGCAAUAAAGUUCUCUCGAUAUAACUGGGGGUUUUUCUCCACACCCCAAAGAACAUGUUGCCAAGGAAUGAUAGAUCAAAAAUGCUCCAUAGCCCAAGGAAGAGGUAUUGGCGGUACCAGCUUGAUCGAUGAUCUAGUUUACUCAAGGGGUUCUAGCAUCGACUUCGAUAAAUGGGCAAAAUAUGUUAAGGAUGAAAGGUGGUCCUACAAACAGGUUCUGCCAUACUUCAAAAAAUCGGAAAAGUAUACUCAUCGUGAUCGAAGGUCUCCUGUAGUCAAUUCGAUGCAUGGUAAAAAAGGUCUGCUCAGCGUGAGUAAUUUUUUACCAGAGAGUCCACAGCUGCAAGCUUGGCUGAGGGCGAAUAAAGAAUUAGGAUACCGAAUCGCAGAUUAUAAUGCUGGGACAGGUUUGGGAUCAUCUCCUGCACAACUAUGCACGAAAGAUGGUAGAAGGUUCGACGAUGGAAAAGCAUUCAUACGACCGUUCAUAAACAGACACAAUCUCAAUGUCUCCAUCAACAGCUACGUUACCAAAAUCCUUAUAGAUCCGAUGACCAAAACUGCUGAGGGAGUUAUUUUCUCCACGUUAGAUAAGAAACAGUACAGAGCUCUAGCAUCCAAAGAAGUUAUCUUGUGCGCUGGCGCUAUGAAUUCCCCACUUCUUCUGAUGCUCUCUGGGAUUGGUCCAAAGAAUCAUUUGAGGUCCUUGAGAAUACCGGUGAUCGAGAAUCUUGAAGUAGGGAGUUAUUUGAAAGAUCAUCCUGCAUUCGAGGGACUAAUUUUCGAUUCUAACUAUACGGAACCAGUUAAACCAGUCACUGAAUAUGUUGAGGAAUAUUUGAGAGGAGUUGGUCCAUACACUAUCGCAGCAAGUAAUCAAGGAGUUGGGUUUUAUGAAUCUUCACGUACUAAAGGAACAGGAUAUCCUGAUAUCGAGAUAUUGAUGGUACCAGCUAAUGCAACAAAUCCUUUUUCCCAGAGAAAAUCCUCUUUCACCGAACAAACCUACGCAGACCUCUGGGAAGGCUCCAACCAGAUUCAAGCUUACAGGAUGGUCGUCAUACAUCUUCAUGCCCAGUCGACAGGAACACUGAGGCUAAAAAGCGCCGAUCCCUAUGAUUACCCUCUCAUCGACUUGAAUUUGUUAUCUGAUUGGUGGUGGCAGAGAGAUAUUGGGACGUUGUACGAGGGAGUGCAGAUCGCUCUCAACUUAGCCAGUACUGAAGCUCUGCGAGGUAUUGGUUCACAACUCAGAAGUGGGCCAUUGAAGGCUUGCCAGAACCACGAAUACUUGUCGAAGAGGUACUGGUAUUGUGCUUUGAGACAGCUGACUACGAAUAUCCAUCGCCCUGUUUCGACGUGUCCCAUGGGUCCGAAUACUCGUAGAGGCGAUGUGGUGGAUGCUGUAGGAAAGGUCCACGGAUUGAAGAAGCUGAGAGUUGCUGAUGCUAGCGUGUUUCCCUUCUCCUUAGCUGGGCAUCCCAAUGCCGCUGUAGUAUUGGUGGCUGAAGUCAUAUCAGAUUUUAUAAAAAUGGAAUACAAUGGGAUUAAAUAA